ACCCGUAGACCGCGGUGCUCGGUAGUUGUUCCGAGCCGUUGGAGUUAUUCCUCGAUUGGCAAUAUAUCUCUGCUAAGCUUUUCUCUCGUCGCCUGAUUUCUUGAGAAGUCGGUAAGCUGUCGGAGACAAUGAGUUCUUCCGAGGAAGUAUCGUGGAUAUCCUGGUUCUGCGGACUACGAGGGAACGAGUUCUUUUGCGAGGUUGAUGAAGACUACAUUCAAGACAAGUUCAACUUGACUGGGCUCAGUGAGCAGGUACCUCACUACAGGCAAGCAUUGGACAUGAUUCUGGACCUUGAGCCAGAUGACGAACUGGACGACAACCCCAAUCAGAGUGAUCUAAUAGAGCAGGCUGCGGAGAUGCUCUAUGGCCUCAUCCAUGCCCGUUACAUUCUCACAAACCGAGGCAUUGCUCUCAUGAUUGAGAAGUACCAAAAUGGAGACUUUGGUUACUGUCCCAGGGUGUACUGUGAAAGUCAGCAGAUGCUCCCAAUUGGGCUUUCGGAUGUACCUGGAGAAGCAAUGGUAAAGUCUUACUGCCCCAAGUGCAUGGAUGUGUAUGGACCUAAGUCAUCUCGGCACCACCACACGGAUGGCGCCUACUUUGGCACAGGCUUCCCUCACAUGCUGUUCAUGGUGCACCCGGAGUACCGUCCCAAGAGGCCCACCAGUCAGUUCGUGCCCCGGUUGUAUGGCUUCAAGAUUCACCCUCUGGCCUACCAACUGCAGCAGCAAGUAGCAGCCAACUUUAAGGCACCGAUUCGUGGCAUGAACUAUGGAAAUGGCAAACGUUGAAGUUCAACUCCACUGACCUCCCUGCAACGCUCACCUCAUGAUGCUUUUGCCACUCCAGCAUCACUGUUUUCUUCGUCUUGUUCUUCUCAAAGCCUUCCUAUCUGCAACACCUUCUCAUUGCCCCCCUUAGUUCACCGGAUGUCUUCUUGUUUUGUUUGUGCAUAUGGCCCCUUUGUUUUGCAUUCAGUUUUUUGAUGUCUUAGCUUGCUUUUCAUAUCAUGUGAGAGUGAAUUGAAAGCAGUUGUAUGAGUGACACUUUGCAGUUUUGACAGCCAAACCAAGAAGCUACCUUCCUUGUUUAAAAGUUAUUCAUCUCAGUCAACUUUGAUUAUGCCAUACUGCUUGGUAUUUUCAAGCUCUGUUGAUUACCAGAAUUUGCAAAUCUACAUCUGACCUCUUGAUGGUUUAUCACUCGGGUCCUGGAAAACGGUGACUUUCAUCCACAACGGUCUCAUAUGAAUUGUUGUCUUGCUUUUGUUUCACUCUUUUAACGUUACUUCUACCUUAGUUGUCACUGAUGAGAUACACAUUCAGAGCUGCAGUUGUUUUGCAAUAUGGCAACAAAAUACACCAUCCUUGAAGUAAUGACUUUCCAUCCUAGACGUCAGCAUUUGUGAUGCCAGUUGAGUUGGCGAGGUUAGCAUUUGGUGGUAAAGGUAAGCUUUCCAGUGAUGUCCAGUUUUGAAAGUGGAGCCAAGAUGUCCCCCUGAUGCCAAACAGUCACACCUUGCUUUUAUUUUGAAAGCUUGGGCCGUGUCUCGCAAGGGUGGUCUCGUGCAGCUUGCACCUCUGUGUUUGAGCAAUUGUUUUUUUAACGGGACUAAGUACUGCAAGGUGGUUUAUGACUCCUUACAAUAUUUUGGCAAAAAUUAUUAUAAAUAAUUAUAAAAUUUUGUUAUGAGCCCAGCUACAAAGGUUUACAUUGGUUGAGGUUUACUAAAGGCCUGUUGCUGAAUUUCUGUUGGUGUGGUAGCACUGUUAUUUCAUCUUAGCUGCUGAGAACAUUUAACUUCUGCUUUUACACACCUAGCUCUUGUAGCAACUGGCUGAUCACAUCUUUUUACAAAGAUAGCGUCAAGUUGGCCUAAAAUGUAUGGAAGAGAGAGCGUGCAAUAACAUUAUUUUUGAACUAUGAUUUGGACACUAGCGCACACGUGCUAAGUAUCGUUACGCAGACUGGAAUAAUGCUGUCCAAAAUACUUUAAUGAUAUAUGAUGCAUUGUGUGUGAUGAUGAAGGACUAGCAGCCUACUCUCGAUACCACAAAUUUUCACAUUGCAGGAAAUCGCUGACCAUGAGAAUCCUCUCUUGAGUGACCUUGUUUCUUUUCUUUUUUAAAAAUUAUUAUUGUUAUUACUACUUCAAACAAAGCUAGAUGAUUCUGAAAGUAGCAUGUCUGUCAACUGGGAGCAGCUGUCUUGUAAGUGGGAAAUCUGCCAAACUUAACAUAGUUACAUGACGUGGUGAUUAGACACUCACUUGCCCGGUAUGUCUAUUGUUGGCUUGUUGGAGACAUUAUUGUAAAAAAUAAAUGGAAACAACUGAAAAGGCACUCAUCUGACACUAAGAAUGGACUGCAAAUGUGUACCAUUACCUACUUGUGGAUGCUGUUGGUACAACGUCGGCAUGUUGUGAUGUCUUUGUAUCAAAUGACUAUGUCAAUACACAGCACUUGAACCUGUGCUUGCCAAGGUUCCUCAGCCUCCUCAGCCGUCUCAUCAAAGCGCACAUGGUGCAGCCUGCUGCAUGCUCUGAAAGCAGCAAGAAAUGCCUAGAAUCUUGAACCAUUUAUUAGGCACUACUGGUGAGGCAUAGUGACCAGCCAUUUUUGGCAUGAUAGUUUAGGCUUGCCAUUUUAAACAGUGUUAAUUUUGAUGGCACCCUGUAUGGAAUCAAGAUUGCUGAAGUACCUAAACAAUGAUGCAGGCACUUGAAUAUAGCUUUAAAUGUGUUUUAUUGAGGCGCAGUGCCAGUGUUCAUUGCCUAGUUGUAGUGCUCACUCUUGGUGAACGGGAGUGCCUCGCUACACUCGCACAUCGGCAAAAUGCAGUUUUAUGCAAGGCUGGCUUAUUGCGUGGUCACGGAAGACCACAAAAGGCCUUCAAGAAAGCUGUAGUUCACUUUCAUACAUGUAAUUUUUCUUCAGAGGUCCUUUUGGGCCAGCUGCACAAGCCAGUCUCAAACGGAGCUCUCUGCUGUGGUUUUCUCUUGUUUUCUCUUUUCCUCGCAUGGCAAGAGUGACAGCACUUUGUGACCGUCUUAACAGAUGCAUGUUAAAGGGACACCAAAAUAAACACUCUGUUCAGGCUGGUCGAGUAAGCUGUGUUCUCUUAAAACAAUAUUUACCUUCAUUUUUUGGAAAUGGGUUGAUUAAUACUAAUGAACAGGAAAGGCAGAUUUCCUUUUUUUUUUUUUUUUUUGAAGUCUCAGUGCCGAUACGUUAGUAUGAUGACGUGGACCUCGAAAUAAAUUUUCAUAUUACGGCUAUUUUGGCACAGUAAAACUUCUUGGGCCUUGCUUCAUUGAAUUUCUGGCUCCUCCAGUUUUGAUUUUGCUGCAGCCUAACUCUUUACAGUGUCCUUUUAAUUUGCAGAUCUCUACACCUUUCAUUCUUGUGGACUUCAACUGUCCUUUGAAAAGUUGGCUAACGAAGCUGAAGCUCAGCCUUUCUUGACUUGCACUAGAAUGUGAAUGAAAUUCUAAACAAAUAAAG